AUGCGAGGUAAAGUAAAUCGAGACACUUUACAGUUUGAUCCAGAAAUAGAGAAAACUGCAAAGAAGAAUCGAAAGCUAGCCAAGCAAAGAAAGCAGAAAGAAUCCUCGAGUUCUGAACCAAAAACAGAACUCGAGAUGGCCGCAAAUAAUCAACCACCUCCUGCGGAGGAAUUGAUGGAGUCAAUCUUGGCUCCAAUGUUUACACGGCCGAAUUCAAGCAUCAUCAGACCACCAGUCAACGCCAAUAAUUUUGACAAUCAGCCAGCACUGAUAAACUUGGUUGAGAAAAAUCCAUUUGGCGGAGAAGACUAUGAAGACCCCCAUGAUUUCAUGGAUAGAUUUCUUAGAAUUUUUGAUACAACGAAGCAUAAUGGGGUGUCCGACGAUGCAAUUAGACUCAGACUAUUCCCUUUUGCUAUAACAGGGAAAGCUCUGAGAUGGUUGGAUAAGCAAGCUCCCAACAGCAUCACAACGUGGGAUGAUUUGGCUGCUAAAUUCUUUGCAGAGCACUUCUCCAGGGAAAAACACAACAAGUUGGUGAAUGAGAUCACCAACUUCACUCAACAUCCGGGAGAAACUUUAUGUGCAGCUUUGACCAGGUUCCAAGAAUUUAUCAGGAAGUGUCCCCUGUAUGAUUUGUCGGAAGGAAAGAAAGCCAGAAUCUUCUAUAACGGAAUGACACCGGAAUCUAGGAUGGUGGUCAAUGGUGCAGCUGGAGGAACCAUAGCAAGGAAGACAGCAGCUGAAACGUUAGAGUUAAUCGACAACAUGGCAAGAGCUGAUAAUGCUUCAAUGGAAGUUCAACCAGUUCAACCGAAGAAAGGACUUCUACAACUGGGAAGCAAUGAUGCUUCAUUAGCGGAGCAAAAGGUGAUUUUACAACAGUUGGCUAGUAUGAAUGCCAAGCUCGACAAGAUGCAGAUCUCAACAUCCAAAGUUAAUGCAUUUAACUGUGAGUACUGCACGGAGUCACAUGAUACUAAUGAGUGCCCUACACUCAAUGGAGCUGAACCAUUCCAAGUCAAUGGAAUUUGGUAUGACCCAAGGCCACCACAAAAUACCCAAAGUUACCAGAGGAAUCAGAAUGGCGGCCAAGGGAACAACUUUCAAAGGAGAAAUCAAGGGGGAGGCUUGGAUUAUAAAUCCAACAAUUUUCUGCAACCUCCUCCUCUGCCACAUAAAGAGCCAUCCGAAUUGGAGAAAGCGAUGAUACAACUUUUCAAGACCACUAAUGAUUACAUAAAUGAGACAAGAGCCUACCAGAAGAACCAAGAUGCAUCCAUCAGAAACUUGGAGACUCAAAUAGGCUAA